CCACACAUCUCAUGCCACCACUGCGCUGACCACGGUGGCCGGGAACCAAGAUGAGGAUGUGUCCAGUUAUGGAGAGGGAGGAGUUGGAAGAGAUCGGGCGAUGGAGAGGAUGGAGGAGCAGUUGCGCCAGUUGCAGGACAAGGUGGAGGGGAGGCCAGAGAGGAGAGCUCGAGGACAUCCCUUUUCGAGGGAGAUUCUCGCUGCUCAUUUGCCGAAUAAUUUCAAGGAGACCAACUUGGUGUAUGAAGGGUCUUCUGAACCGUCGAGGCAUGUGAGGACCUUUGAAAAUAUGGUUGUGUUACAUGGAUAUUCUGAUUCUGUUUGUUGGAGGGCGUUCCUAUCGACCUUGCGCGGAGUAGCCCUUGACUGGUUUCACCAGUUGCCCUCUGGGUCGAUUGCAGAUUUUGAGGAUUUUGCCAGCAAGCUUACCAAUCAAUGUUCGAGCGCGGUGGUGCAUGAGAAAACAUAUUUGACAUUGAUGGCAAUGAGACAGGGGGAGAAGGAGUCAUUGAGGAAGUACGUCGCUCGAUACAACCAGACGUGUUUGGAAACCCCUGCUCGAUCAUAUGAGGAGGUCUUGAAGCGGUGCAUGAAGUAUAUUAAUUUAGAAGAAAUGGAGGUAGAAUUCGCGAAGUUGGAAGGGCCGGCUCGACCAGAGCCAAAGAAGGAGCAAAGCCCACCAAGAGGGAGGUCACCGAGGAGGAGUUCGCCCAAGAGAAGUGGGUCGAAAAAGAUAUCACCCAGGAGGGAAGCUCGAGAUUCGAAGCGAGAGAAGAGGGAUGACAGGUGGCAGGGAAGGCCGUUGUUGUUCGAAAGACAGAGGUAUCAUAAUUUUACACCCUUGAAGAAGGAUUUGACGGAGGUGCUCAAGGCUAUGGAGCAGAAGAUGUCGAAUGAGGAUGUAACGUGGCCGAAGACAAGGUUCACAGGCCCGACUCGGCCCAGAUCGGAUAUAUAUUGUCGAUUUCAUCGAGAUUACGGCCAUACCAUGGAGAACUGCAGGCAUUUGAAGGAUGAGAUUGAAAGGGCGAAAGGGAAAGGAAGGAGAAGGUGUCGGGAUGAUUCAGAGGAGAGAAGUGACAGGGACGAGGAAGGAGGCGAUGGAGAUGGUCAAGAUGGUCGAGGAAAGAAGCCGAGGAUAGAUGGUGAUAAAGGAGGGCACGGAGGAGAAGCCCUGAUGAAGAGAGGGACAAUUUACAUGAUUUCCGGAGGGCCAACGGAUGGCGACUCGAAUAUGGCCAGGAAGGAGCAUGCUCGAGAUGUGAAGAGGAAGAGAGAGGAGGUGGGGAUUACGACUCGUAUGCCGGUGAUAAGUUUUAAGGCGGAAGAUGCUGAAGGAGUGGUCUUAGCACACAACGAUGCUUUAGUGAUAACCGCGGAGGUUGCAGGCUUUGACGUGAAGAGGGUGUUUAUCGAUACUGGGAGUUCGGUAGACGUGAUGUUCUAUGACUGUUUUGUACAAAUUAAUAAGGAUUUGAAUAUGGAGUUGAAAUCGGUGACCACGGCACUUUAUGGUUUUAACGGAGGAGAGGUGAUGCCGAUAGGCGAGAUAAGCUUGCCAGUGGCAUUGGGAGCAGGAGAGCUGAGGAAGGUGCGCAUGGUGAGGUUUGUG